CAGCCAUUUUGUACAAAAAUGUGAAUGAAUUUAUCGAGAAAAUCGUGAUUUUCAUGCCCAAAGAGGGAUUCCUUGUUAUCGUAUCGAUAACGGAUGAACAGAAAAAUAUUUCAAUUAUGUUGUUGUUAUGAAAUGGCGUCUGUUAAACAAUAAUGAACAGUUGAAAAUAAGUGCUAAAGUUACGGAACCAUUUCUUGCAAUCAACCUUAGCGACCUUCUCAAGUGCUAAAGUUUUGUGAUUUUAGACCACUGAUCGUUCGUGCUUUUGGAAUAUAUAAAUGUGCACUGUAAAGGAUUAUCAAGAGCAAUUGUUAAAGUACCAAAACUAUUAUUUAUCACAUUACUUUAGCUAAUAUAAACAGUGGAAUAAUACAUAUUAUUUAUUCAAAAUGUCUGCCAAUGCAAGAGCUGCAUUGCAAACUGUUCACGAAUCUGUAACUGUUGAUCCAAGGCCUACAGACGAUAAUGGUAACCCAAGGAUUCAGACAUCAACAAGAGGUCGAACAGAUGAGCCCCACAUUGGGAAAUACAGACUUGUCAAAACUAUUGGAAAGGGAAAUUUUGCCAAAGUUAAAUUAGCAAAGCAUGUUCCAACUGGAAGAGAGGUGGCUAUAAAGAUCAUCGAUAAAACUCAACUUAAUCCAUCAAGUCUUCAAAAGCUUUUUCGAGAAGUUCGUAUUAUGAAGAUGUUAGAUCAUCCAAAUAUAGUGAAACUAUUCGAAGUGAUAGAAACAGAGAAAACUUUAUAUCUAGUAAUGGAAUAUGCAAGUGGAGGUGAAGUUUUUGAUUAUUUAGUUGCUCAUGGAAGGAUGAAAGAAAAAGAAGCAAGAGCAAAAUUUAGACAGAUUGUAUCUUCAGUACAAUAUUGUCACCAAAAACAUAUAGUUCAUAGGGAUUUAAAGGCUGAAAAUUUAUUAUUAGAUGGUGAUAUGAAUAUAAAAAUAGCUGAUUUUGGUUUUAGUAAUGAAUUUGUACCUGGUAAUAAAUUAGACACAUUUUGUGGCAGUCCUCCUUAUGCUGCUCCUGAACUGUUUCAAGGUAAAAAAUAUGAUGGUCCUGAAGUAGAUGUUUGGAGUUUAGGAGUUAUUUUAUAUACACUUGUUAGUGGCUCAUUACCUUUUGAUGGGCAAAACUUAAAAGAAUUACGAGAAAGGGUAUUAAGAGGGAAAUAUAGAAUUCCAUUCUAUAUGUCUACUGAUUGUGAAAAUUUAUUAAAGAAAUUUUUAAUUUUAAAUCCAUUAAAGAGGGCAAGUUUAGAAACUAUUAUGCGCGACAAGUGGAUGAAUGUAGGCUAUGACGAUGAUGAACUCAAACCUCAUGUAGAGCCCCAGCCCGAUUAUAAUGAUCCUGUAAGAAUAGAUACAAUGGUUAAUAUGGGAUAUAAUCGUAAAGAUAUUGAAGAAUCUUUAAAAUUACAAAAAUAUGAUGAUAUUCAGGCAACUUAUUUAUUAUUAGGACGCAGAACAACAGAUUUAGAGGGAAGUAACUCAGGAAGCAAUUUGUCUUUACGACAUUUACCUCUUACACCAAGUCGUCCUCACAGUGAAAAUAACGCAAAUAGUCAAUCACCUAAUAAAGUUACGCGAAGCCAGUCAGCAACAAGUGGGUCAGGCAGGUCACAGCGGCGUUCAAGUCACGGAUCAACUGGCCCAGGAGGUACGCAGCCACACGGCCCUAGUAGUCGUCGGCAACAUACUGUAGAUGGCACUUCUACUAAGGAGAGUACCUUAACGGCAAGAAUGAAAACACCAUCAGGUGGCUCGGUUGAUUCACCUAAGGUUGGUAAAAAGCUUACUGCACCUAGUCCUGCAAGAUCUACGAUGCCACGGAAAACAGGAAGUGGUCAUUCAUCAUCGACAUCGUCCACACCCAAAAAUAAUAGUGUGAUAACUCACGGUCAUAACCAUAAUACCAGCAUUCCUCGUCGUAGUACAUUUAGUCCAGGUGAUAAUAGAAAUCAGGCUCCUGGAGAGAAAACAAGACCUACUAAUGGUCAGGAUAUUAAAAAUCAUCUUCCAAAUUCCUCAAGUGCAACAUCUGAUACAGGCCCAUCAGCCCGACCAAAGGGUGCUGGUCAUGUCAAGUCGGCUAGUAUAUCUCAGUCUGCUAGGUAUGGUGAAUCACCUCAUCUAACAGAUGAUGCAGGCUUCAGACCAACGACAGCACCUGGUAAAUCUGUAGCUGUACCAGCUCGACCUAACUUGUCACGAGGAACACGGGAACGAAAUACAUUCCAUGGUAAAGAACGUCAGCAACGUAUCAAUAGUCCUUAUAAUGGCCCUGGUGGAGUGCCAGGUCAUACACAAGAUUCAUCAGCAAUUGGAAGAGAUGGACGGCCAUCUUUCUUUAAUCGUAUAACAUCUAAAUUUAGUCGAAGUACUAGUAGGAAUGCAUGUGAAACCGUAGCUGCUUCCCCCAAUAGUGCAUGUCAGAAUCGCUUUGAACAUCAUUUUGUCAGGUCUGUGAACGAAACGAAAGAUGGUGAAGCAGUCAAACCAAGAGCUUUGAGAUUUACAUGGAGUAUGAAAACAACUAGUUCUAUGGACCCACAUGAUAUGAUGAAGGAAAUUCGUAAAGUUCUUGAUGCAAAUAACUGUGAUUAUGAGCAAAGAGAGAAGUUUCUACUCCUUUGUGUACAUGGUGAUCCUAAUACAGACAGUCUAGUGCAAUGGGAAAUGGAAGUUUGUAAAUUACCGAGACUUUCACUAAAUGGUGUUCGUUUUAAAAGAAUAUCGGGAACUUCAAUAGGCUUUAAGAAUAUUGCAUCUAAAAUAGCCAAUGAAUUGAAACUCUAAUGUCAAACAUUGAUAAAUCUAUAUUAUUAUAUAUUAUUCUAUUACUAAAUGUCUGUAUGUUUGAGUGAGUCUAUGAUUUAAAACAAGUGAAAUUGUGAAAGUGGAAAUUGUUUUAAUGUUAAUAUACCACUAUAUUGUUUCAAUGUGACAAAUCAUGUGAUUGGUAGUAGUGUGAAAUUACUCUUUGUAUGGACAUCAAAAAUUAGGUUUUAAAUUUUCUACUUGUACAUUUGUAUCAUAAGUUGUAUAAAGUAAAUAAAGAAAACACUUUUUAGCCCCCAGAAUUGUACACAUUUUUAUUGUAAUAUAAAUACUAUAUAUAGUCCAUUAACAUUUUGUGGGCACUAACUUGUUUAUUGUCCUAUCAUACCAGGGAUAUUUCAUGCAAGCAAAUCAUAGUUCCAUCUUUGUAAUACUUCGUACACUGCACUGUUAAUAAUACAACUCUUACUGCUGUUAUAUUCUAAUCUAGGAGUGGUUUACUUUCUCUACUGAUUCAUAAUUUCUGGUUCUUUGUUUCUAAACUGAGUCAUGUACAUCUGCAUUAACUAGAGCAGAAAA